AUGUUGGUGAUGGUGACUCCGAUUCCUAAGAUAGCGAUUUCAAAGUUGACUGCUUUCGUACUCUCUCUAUCUACUACUACUCGAUCAAAACCAUUUCCCGGAGUUCUCGAUUUCUACCCUCGCCGGAGAUCUUAUCGUGUAAUCACUUCAAUGGCUAGAGCAGGAUCGGUCUCCAUCGACGUAGCUGGAGAAUCGAAACCGGAUCAUGUCACAGAGAAGUGGUUCUCAGUGCCGGAGCUCCGAUUGCGUAACCAUCGAUUCUUAGUCCCUUUAGAUUAUUCACUCGAUUCGGAAACUUCUCCCAAAAUCACCGUUUUCGCUAGAGAAAUCGUUGCGGUGGGGAAAGAGGAACAAGCAAUGCCGUAUCUAUUGUAUUUACAGGGUGGUCCAGGAUUUGAAGGUCCAAGACCAAGUGAAGCUAGUGGAUGGAUACAAAGAGCUUGUGAAGAGUUUCGUGUUAUCUUACUCGAUCAAAGAGGAACAGGUUUAUCAACACCUUUGACUUCUUCCUCUAUGCUUCAAUUCAAAUCAGCAAAGGAUUUAGCUGAUUAUUUGGUUCAUUUUAGAGCGGAUAAUAUAGUUAAAGAUGCUGAGUUUAUUAGAGUUCGUCUUGUUCCUAACGCUGAUCCUUGGACAAUAUUGGGUCAGAGUUUUGGUGGCUUCUGUGCAGUUACGUAUUUGAGCUUUGCGCCUGAAGGACUAAAACAAGUGCUAAUAACUGGAGGAAUCCCACCAAUUGGUAAAGCAUGCACUGCAGAUGAUGUGUAUGAAGCUGGUUUUGAACAAGUUAUUCGCCAAAACGAAAAAUACUACAAGAGAUUCCCUGAAGACGUUGUGAUUGUUCGUGAUAUCGUAAAUUACUUGGCUGAAUCUGAAGGUGAUGGGGUGCCUCUUCCAUCAGGAGGCAUCCUCACUCCUAAGGGUCUUCAAGCUCUUGGUCUUUCUGGUUUAGGAUCAAGUACUGGUUUCGAGCGCUUGCAUUAUAUGUUGGAGAGAGUAUGGGAUCCAAUUUUAGUUCCUGGAGCACCAAAGCGUAUCAGUCAAUUCUUCUUGAACGCUUUUGAGAAUUGGCAUUCUUUUGAUACAAACCCACUCUAUGCUCUUCUCCACGAGUCGAUAUACUGUGAGGGUGCUUCAUCAAGAUGGUCUGCUCAUAGAUUACGGGAAAAAGUUGAGUGCAAAUUCGAUGCUAUGAAGGCAGCUAAAGAAGGUCAAAAUGUACUCUUCACAGGAGAGAUGAUAUUUCCAUGGAUGUUUGAUGAGAUUCAUGCCUUGAAGCCAUUCAAAGAUGCCGCGGAUCUCUUGGCCAAGAAAGAAGAUUGGCCACCAUUAUAUAACGUUGCUACAUUGAACACCAACAAGGUGCCUGUUGCUGCAGCGGUAUACUAUGAAGAUAUGUAUGUAAACUUCAAGCUAGUGAUGGAAACAGCUCCUCAGAUCUCUGGUAUUAGACUUUGGGUGACAAAUGAAUAUAUGCAUUCGGGCCUUCGCGAUGCUGGAAGACAAGUUGUUGAUCAUUUGUUGGGAAUGAUCAAUGGGAAAAGGCCUCUCUUUUGA